AUGACUGGUCGGAAAGGGUCAAGGCCGAAGAUGACAGGCAUGGGUGACAAGCCGAAGGGUAACAGACUGGAGGGUGACAAGACAGAAGAUCACAGGCCAGAGGAUAACAAGCCAGAGGGUUACAAGCCAGAGGGUUAUAAACCAGAGGGUGACAAGCCGGAGGAUAACAAGCCAGAGGGUGACAAGCCAGAGGGUUACAAGCCAGAGGGUGACAUGCCGGAGGAUAACAAGCCGGAUGAUAACAAGCCAGAGGGUGACAAGCCAGAGGGUGACAGGCCAGAAGGUGACAAGCCAGAGGGUGACAGGCCGGAGGAGGGUGAUAAGCCAGAGGGUGACAAGCCAAAGGGUGACAAGCCAAAGGGUGACAAGCUAAAGGAUGACAAACCAGAGGGUUACAAGCCUGAGGGUGACAAGCUAGAGGAUGACAAGCCAGAGGGUUACAAGCCUGAGGGUGACAGGCCGGAGGAAGACACGCCUGAGGGUUACAGGCAAGAGGGAGACAGCCCUGAGGGUCACAAGCCAGAAGGUGACAAGCAGGAGGGUUACAGGACAGAAGAGGGUGACAGGUCAGAAGGUGACAAGCCUGAGGGUGACAGGUCAGAAGGUGACAAGCCUGAGGGUUACAGGUCAGAGGGUGAGAAGCCAGAGGGUCACAAGCCAAAGGGUAACAAACCAGUGGGUGAAAAGCCAGAAGGUGACAAGCCGGCGGGUGACAAGCCGGCGGGUGACAAGCCGGCGGUUGACAAGCCUGAGGGUGACAGGUCAAAGGGUUACAGGCCAGAGGGUGACAAGCCAGAGGGUUACAAGCCAGAGAGUGACAAGCCAGAGGGUGACAAGCCCGAGGGUGACAAGCCAGAGGGCGACAAGCCAGAGGGUGACAAGCCGGAGGGUGAUAAGCCGGAGGGUGACAAGCCAGAGGGUGACAAACCGGAGGGUGACAAGCCAGAAGAUGGCAAACCAGAGAGGGACAAGCCUGAGGGUGACAAUCCUGAGAGUGGUAAGCCAGAGGAUGGCAAGCCAGAGGGAGACAAGCCAGCGGUUGACAAGCCAGAAGGUGGCAAGCCAGAGGGUGGCAAGCCAGAGGGUGACAAGCCAGAGGGUGACAAGCCAGAGGGUGACAAGCCAGAGGGUGACAAGCCAGAGGGUGGCAAGCCAGAGGGUGAGAAGCCAGAGGGUGACAAGCCAGAGAGUGAUAAGCCAGAAGUUGACAAGCCGGAGGGUGACAAGCCAGAGGGUGGCAAGCCGGAGGAUGACAAGUCGGAGGGUGACAAGCCAGAGGGUGACAGGCCGGAGGGUGACAAACCAGAGGAUGGCAAGCCAGAAGGUGACAAGCCAGAAGGAGACAUGCCGGAGGGUGACAAGCCAGAGGGUGACAAGCCAGAGGGUGACAAACCGGAGGGUGACAAGCCAGAGGGUGACAAGCCAGAGGGUGACAAGCCAGAGGGUGACAGGCUGGAGGGUUACAGACCAGAGGAUAACAAGCCAGAGGAUGACAAGUCAGAUGGAGAAAUUCCAGAAGGAGGCAGGCCGGAGGGUAACAAGCCAGAAGGAGGGGGAAAGCCCGAGGGUGAGGGAUAUUUUGACGAGGAGCACACCCUGAGGCAGAUCUGCAGGAAGUUGAUCCAGCUCGCCAAGCACGCGAAAGAGAACGCAAGAACUUUUAAAUCCAACAGGAGGCAGGAGGUAGCGACGUGGAACAAUGAGGGAGUAAAUAGGAGGCAGGAAGGAAAGACGAGGAGGUCUGCGCAUUCUAACGACGAUUCGAAUGAAGAUCCGAUGUUUGACGUUACUGAACAAGAGGAUUUUUCUGGACUUGAUGAUGAAAACAAGUCUGAUCACAGCAACGACAACAUAUCUGUAACCUCCGAGAAAUCUUCGGAUAUUGGACCUUGGCAAGAGAUUAUCGAGGAGGAAGUGCGUGAUCUUAUGCAGGAAGAUACCGACCUUAGUGAAAGCGAAGUCACUAAGCAUGUCUCCGAGGAUUUGCGAGGUACUUACAGAAAGGCCCUUUUAAAUAUUAUUGGACCAAGUUGA